AUGCAAAAGAAGAUUUUGCCAACAUUUGAUCGCCAUCAACUACGAACGCUUAAGAGAAAAUCUGGCAGCAACGGAUAUGAUGAAAGUCGGCCUCAGCUGAAGAAUUCAGCAGGAGUUGGUGUAUCAUCGACAGAUCAAUGGGUGUAUGUGGGUGAUCAAGACAAUCAUCGAAUGGUGAAAUGGGUAGUGAAUGCUACGCAAGGUUUGAUCGUUUUUGGUGUGACAGGUGUAACAAGCAGCAUGUCAUCUCUUCUGAAUACGCUGGGUGAUUGUGCACUAGAUCCAACAGAGGCAUUUCUUUAUGUGGCUGACUAUGGUAAUCAUCGAAUUCAACGUUUUCGUCUCUAA